UCCCAAAUGCGAAAGAAAAUUCACUACAUAUCUUCUUCAUCUUCUUCGCUUAUCGGUUUUCUCUCUCUAAAUCCAAACCCAUUUUACACGCAAUUGUAUUAAAAUACAGUUAUUAUGCCCCAAUUACGCACUUCUUUUGUAACUUUUCGUCUUUGCUGUUAGUUCAACUGCUAUCUCAACACUUUUCUCACAUUAAACAAACAAUUUUCUCCAUCCAUUGCUGUGAAUUAGUGUUGUUGGUGUUUCUUUACCAACUUCAGACUAUUUUAUUCAAUGUUCUUUACGAGGGUGGGUGGUUUCUUCCCAUUUUAGUUAAUUAAUUAUUAGAACUCCUCAGUUCCACCUUUUCAAUCGAGAUUUAGCCAUUAAAUCGCUGUUUCAACUCAAUUUGAUUACUUUUUCCUAAAUGGGUCUUCGGCUUAUCAAAUUAAUACCUGCAUCGUUGGCGAUUUGAAGCGACUUAUCAUGGAUCUGGAAACUGGGUCUCGUCAAAAUCAUCUAAGGAAACAGUCAUGGAGAGCAGUUUUGACAUUGGCGUAUCAAAGUUUGGGUGUCGUUUAUGGAGAUUUAAGCACAUCUCCAUUAUAUGUGUUUAAAAGUACUUUUGCAGAAGAUAUUAAACACUCAGAAACUAAUGAAGAAAUAUUUGGAGCCCUUUCUUUCAUUUUCUGGACUCUUACUUUAGUCCCUUUGUUGAAAUACGUGUUCAUUGUGCUCAAAGCUGAUGAUAAUGGCGAAGGAGGCACAUUUGCUCUGUAUUCGUUGCUUUGUAGACAUGCUAGAGUGAGUUCAUUGCCUAAUUGUCAAUUAGCUGAUGAAGAACUCUCAAACUACAAAAAGGAAAUACCUAAUUUAGCCCUGAGUUCUUUCGGGUCAAGACUUAAAUCUACACUUGAGAAACAUGGAGUUUUGCAGAAGUUUUUGCUUGUGUUGGCUCUUGUUGGAGCUUGUAUGGUGAUUGGAGAUGGUGUUCUUACUCCUGCCCUUUCAGUUUUUUCAGCCGUUUCUGGGGUGGAACUUGCAAUGGCAAAAGAGCAUCACAAAUAUGUAGAAGUCCCUGUUGCAUGUAUCAUAUUAAUCGCACUAUUCGCCCUACAACAUUAUGGGACCCACCGGGUCGGGUUCUUAUUUGCUCCAAUCGUUGUAUUAUGGCUCUUAUGCAUCAGUUCAAUUGGAUUAUACAAUAUUCUCCAUUGGAAUCCUCAAAUUUAUCAAGCAUUAUCUCCUGUUCAUAUGUAUCGAUUUCUCAAAAAAACCCAAACCGGAGGUUGGAAAUCUUUAGGGGGUAUCUUAUUAUGCAUCACAGGGUCGGAAGCUAUGUUUGCUGAUCUCGGACACUUUUCUCAAUUGUCUAUCCAGAUAGCUUUUACAUCAUUUGUUUAUCCCUCCUUGAUUCUUGCAUAUAUGGGGCAAGCUGCGUAUUUAUCUCAACAUCAUUUCAUUGAAAACGACUACAAAAUUGGAUUCUAUAUUUCCGUGCCAGAGAAUUUGAGGAUCCCGGUGUUGUUGAUAGCCAUACUUGCUGCAGUAGUUGGAAGCCAAGCAAUUAUUACAGGGACUUUUUCGAUUAUAAAACAAUGCUCUUCACUUGGAUGUUUUCCCAGGGUCAAAAUCGUCCAUACGUCUUCAAAAUAUCACGGGCAAAUUUAUAUCCCCGAGAUUAAUUGGAUCUUGAUGUUGUUAUGUCUAGCCGUUACUAUUGGGUUUAGAGAUACAAAACGUAUGGGGAAUGCUUCAGGUUUGGCGGUUAUUACGGUUAUGCUUGUUACAACAUGCUUAAUGUCCCUCGUAAUCGUCUUAUGUUGGCAGCAAAGUGUUUUUCUCGCAAUCGCUUUUGUCGUAUUUUUCGGUACAAUCGAAGCCUUAUAUUUCUCGGCUUCUUUAAUAAAAUUUCUCGAAGGCGCGUGGGUCCCAAUCGCACUGUCUCUCAUCUUCAUGCUUGUAAUGUACGUGUGGCACUACGGGACCCUCAAAAAGUACGAAUUUGACCUCCAAAACAAAGUAUCCGUCGAUUGGCUACUUAGCCUGGGCCCCACCCUAGGAAUAGUUCGGGUUCGAGGAAUCGGGCUUGUUCACACUGAACUCGUGUCUGGUAUCCCCGCGAUAUUUUCCCAUUUUGUCACCAACCUUCCGGCUUUCCACCAGGUUUUGAUUUUCCUGUGUGUGAAAUCCGUCCCGGUCCCACACGUGGGACCGGAGGAACGGUUUCUCGUGGGCCGUAUCGGCCCACGAGAAUACAGAGUGUACCGGUGUAUAGUCCGGUACGGGUACCGUGAUGUUCAUAAAGAUGACGUGGAGUUUGAAAAAGAUUUGGUAUGUAGCAUAGCCGAGUUUAUCCGGAAGCAAAAAGACGAUUCUACCCUUGACGCGCGUACAGACGGAGAGUUCGGAAACAAUGAUGAGGUCAUGACUGUUAUUGGAAUGCCUUCCACGAACGUGGAAGGCGUUCACAUCUGUAGCCCAAGCCCAGAUGGGCUUGGGCUACCAGAGGUUGAGGAAAUACAAGCCUCAACCGCGAACCAAGUGAAGAAACGCGUGAGAUUUGUUGUGCCGGAAAGCCCGAAAAUUGAUGACGGGUCACGGGCGGAGUUGCGGGACCUAAUGGAGGCCAGGGAGGCAGGGGUGGCUUAUAUUUUGGGACAUUCGUAUGUUAAAGCAAAACAAGGGUCUUCUAUGAUUAAGAAGCUUUUUAUUAAUUAUGGGUAUGAGUUUUUGAGAAGAAAUAGUAGACCUUCAACGGACUCGUUAAUGGUGCCUCAUGCUUCGACUCUUGAAGUGGGAAUGAUGUAUCAUGUGUGAAAGUCGUGACUUUUUUUUUUGGUGUAAAUGGUUUUUGUUUUAUUUUUGUAGUUUGGUAAAUGAAUGGUCUGCAACCACCGUGAGGUGGUGGUGGGUCGAAUGGUAGCCGGCGGUCCACUGGUUGUUGUGGUGGCGGUUAGUGGUUUUUGGAACUAUGAAAGAAGAUAGUAGUAGAUAUAGUGUGUAGGUAUAGUUUGUAUUUUAUGUUCCGUUCUAUAAAAAAAUCACGAUUACGAGAUGAUAUAUACUUUUUGGUGUAG